AGAAGCCACACACACUGAUAACUGCAGACACUGGUCAAGCUCUUAAAACGUUGUUGAGAGGAAACUAUUAAGAUAAAUGGGUGUUUGACAUGCUUUUAGAGGAAGAGAUGACACACUCAACGGACAUCGAUCGACAAUUAGAGACAGAAGAAUAUACAAGUUCGAUAUUUGAACGCGAUGCGGUCACGCGGAACUGUAACGUUUUUUGAGUGACUCAGUAACGAUUUUGGAUUUGUUUAUUAACAAUUAUUAGCGGGAAAAAUAAUCAAAAAUGGCUUCUAGAUUGGGUUUAUUGGGUUUCCCCGUCAACUCCAGUACCCCAAUAAACCCCAGCAUGAACCUCUUGAACCCGGGUCACAGCAGCGCCAUGAGAAUGCCAGCAAUGCCGCAGAAUUCACUCUACAGAGGGAUGGGCAGUACCCCGAACCAGUACCUCCAACGCCUGAGUAUGUCACCCAGCCGAGGAAUGCCAAUGGGGGACAUGGGGUCUAUGGGUUCCCCUCUACCUGGACCGUCUUAUAGUGGAGCCAUGCCCAUGCGACCUGGGAUGCCUCAAGCCGCGAUGGACCCUGCCCGGAAGAGACUCCUUCAGCAGCAACAGCAGCAGUCUGGGGGUCUUAUGGGUCCGAGAAGGGGGGUGAAGAGGCGUAAGAUGGCUGACAAAGUUCUCCCACAAAGGAUCAGGGAUCUGGUCCCAGAGUCUCAGGCUUAUAUGGACCUUCUGGCUUUUGAGAGAAAGCUGGACCAGACCAUUGCUCGCAAACGAAUGGAGAUACAGGAAGCCAUCAAAAAGCCCAUCACGCAAAAACGUAAACUGAGGAUCUACAUUUCUAAUACCUACACACCUGGCAAGCCAGAAGGAGAGGAGGCUGAAAAAGUGGCAUCAUGGGAACUUCGAGUGGAAGGCAAACUCCUGGAGGAUCCCGGGAAACAGAAACGAAAGUUUUCAUCCUUCUUUAAAAGCCUGGUCAUUGAACUGGACAAAGAACUCUAUGGCCCAGACAACCACUUGGUGGAGUGGCACAGAAUGCCUACAACUCAGGAGACAGAUGGAUUUCAGGUGAAGAGACCAGGGGAUGUGAAUGUGAAAUGUACUCUCCUUCUCAUGCUUGACCACCAGCCUCCGCAGUAUAAACUGGAUCCACGCCUGGCUCGACUUUUGGGUGUCCACACUCAGACCAGAGCCAGUAUCAUGCAGGCCCUGUGGCUCUACAUCAAAAGCAACAAGCUGCAAGACUGCCAUGAGAAAGAGUACAUUAGCUGCAACCGAUACUUCAGACAGAUUUUUGGCUGCCAUAGGAUGAGAUUUUCGGAUAUCCCCAUGAAACUUGCCGGCCUCCUUCAGCACCCCGACCCCAUCGUCAUCAAUCAUAUCAUCAGUGUGGAUCCCAAUGAUCAGAAGAAGACUGCAUGCUUUGAUAUCGAUGUUGAGGUGGAUGACCCUCUGAAGGCUCAGAUGACCAGCUUCCUGUCAUCCACAACCAGUCAACAGGAGAUCACUGCCCUGGAGAUGAAGAUACAUGAGACUAUUGAAUCCAUCAACCAUUUGAAGACCCAGAGAGACUUCAUGCUCAGCUUCAGUAACAACCCGCAGGAGUUCAUCCAGGACUGGCUCAAGUCUCAGAGCCGAGACCUCAAAUUAAUGACAGACACUGUGGGUAAUCCAGAGGAGGAGAGAAGAACUGAGUUUUACCACUCACCCUGGGUCAAAGAAGCUGUUGGACGCUAUAUAUUUUCAAAGGUCCAGCAGAGGAGACAGGAAUUGGAACAGGUACUGGGAAUCCGACUCACUUAAGAAGAUUCAGACUCCAAAUCUACAGUCACCCGAGAAAUUGGCUCAACAAAUACAAUUGAGAAUGAAACUUUCUGUUUGAAAACCAGUGGAGGAAGUUCAUGUAUAAGUUUUGGGCUUGUCAGUUGCAGCUUUUGUACCAUUACACACAUUUGGCCAUAUAAAUUUCAAAUGCUUUUUCAGUAACUGGAACACUUCAGUACGUAUCUUCCUCUUUGUAUUCAUUCUCUGAUCUUCUCUUAUAUAUUCUGAAAAUGAGCCAUCCAGUUUAUGUUCCUCUUGAUUCAGUUUGUUGACAAUCAUCUUUGCUUUUAUUGUAUCUUGUUAAAUACGUCUCUCUUUUUAUAUUUUACAGUAAGAUAUACAGUACUGUAGCUUAUUGGCUAACACCCUUAUAGGUAACUGAUGCAACAAAGAUUCUUUUUGUUCAUAAAUUUUGUGUUUGUAGUAGGAAUUGCCAAAAUCAAUCUACAUUUGCCAUUUCAUUUUUGAAAGGUUUCUAAUUGUGACCACAAAGGCUAUUUUCACAACUUAAUUGCACAUUGUUUUGAGAUAAGAUGCAGUUACUUAUAGUUAAGAAGAUUAGUAAUGAAAAUGCAAUGUUUUUCUUCGAUUUUCAAUAUUGUGGAUUUUUUCCAUUUGGUCUCUCAGGAAAAUAUGUGCUGCACUGCGUUCAAGAGCCAUGAUUUUGUGUUUCCACCCCAACAGGAAAUCCAGCACAUUUGGUUGUCCAGCUGUUUUAGUUCAGUGUACCAGACUUACUGUCUUCAUCUUGUUAGUGUUUACAAAGCUUUUUUAUUUUUUGUAUUUAGUGUUUAAAGGUUGCUGGAGUGGCAGAGACCAUACAGCAGUGAGCGAAUUGUUGAAAGAUAGUGCUUCAGGUAUGCACACCAUCAGCAUAUUAUUAUUUUCUUUUUUUUUUUCAGGUAUCCAAAGCCAUAUUUUUUACUUUCUAAUAAGUAGUUCAGUUCAGUGUGUACUUAUACAUUCCAAACAGCUGAUGGAAAGUUUCUGUUUAAGUUGGAUUUAAUAUGUGGUUGUUCAUAUUGGUGUAGUCAUUUGUGUUUUUAAAUAUUGAUGACAGCAAGUUGAAUUUUCCAUUAAGGAAUAUAGCAGGUUCAAGUUAAGCUCUAUGGACAGCAUUUGUGACAUGCUGCUGAUUGCCACAGAAAAUACUUUCGACUUUUCAGUUCAUAAAGCGGUCAAAAACAACAUUUUUAUGUUGUGUACUUAAAAUGAAAUUCGGACUUUUAAAUGCAUCUCCGAGGGACAAGUUGAAACAAUUUUGUGUUAAUCGACAACAUGUCACAGAUGUUGAUUUACUUUGAUUUACUUUUGAGUGGAUUAAGCCUUUUUAUGUAAAUGCAAUUAAGUUCUUACAACUUAUGUUCUGUGUUAUAUUUUUGUAUCAAUCAAAUGCUUACCUUUUGUACUUUUUUACUGGGAAAUUUAAGUAUUUUAAACAAUAAAGUUGUUUCCAUAAAGGG